AUGUCCGACAUUCGUGGUUAUGAAAUCUUUCACUUUGUGACCGACGCCGCGCUCUUCGUCACCCUGGUAGCCUCGAUAUGCUUCACCAUAUGCGCCGCGGUCCGCCUGCGUCGCCGCCGCGACCAAGCACGCAGCGUGUUUUCUUGGGUCAAGAUUGCAUGGCUCAUGUUCACCAUCGCCGUCUUUUUCGGCUUGCUCGAGAUCGCAACCAUAACCGUCACAGCCCGCUUCUACGAGACGGCCUAUUAUUCCGACAGCGAGAUACAGGGCGGCGAGGUAGACUUGGUUGCCCGCAUAUCGUCUGGCGCUUCAGCUCUUGCGCAUUUCUUCAACGUCCUUGCCGAGGUCCUCUUAUAUCUCACCCUCGCUAGUUUCAUCCGAUGCCUUCGCUAUGUCGCUCCCCGCGACGAAAAACACGCCCGGCGUCAUAAAUGGUCUCGAUACUCUGUUUAUGUCGUCUCCUUUGGAAUAACCAUUCUCUCUUUGGCUGUUUUCAGUGUUGGCAUCUACUGGAUUGUUCUUUCCGAGAUAUCAUCCUCGAGCAACGGAAUUGCUUGGGAUAGAUUGUACAACAAUUACAUCACCGCUGCCGCCGUCAUGUCACUCAUAUGCCAAGCAGUCCUCGUCUUUCUCGCCGUCUCCAUGCUUAUUCGGUCCUGCGUCCUACGACGUAAACUUCGAGCGUCAAAGUCGGUGCAGAAGCCCAUGCGAUACCUCAUUGCGUGCUGUAGCCUCUGGGUCCUUCGUGCUGCCUUUAACAUCUACAAUACCGUCAUUCAAAUAUUCGAUCCCGACUACUUCACCCCUUAUGUUGAAGCCAGAAUCAGCUUCAACGAAAUUCUAUCCGUCGUCUUCAUGACAUGGCCCGUCUUUAUCAGUCUCGUCAUUCUCUAUUAUUUAGGUCUAGACAGGAAGACUGGACUCUCCUCUGCUAGCAGCCCGUUGCUGAUGGCAGACGGUGAAAGCCAAGUAGCCUCAUCGGAAUUUCUAUCCUCAGACCAGCCGUUAGUCACGCCGAUGACUGAGCGCGGCAUUGCCCCAACUUUGACGCCCGCAAGUCAACGUCCCGCGAGCUUGUUCGACUGGGAUGGCGUCGCCGAUGCACCCCCCGAGUACUCCCCGCCAGCUACUCAACAAGUCGUCUCUUCUGGCACCGCAGCCCCCCUUUGUACUCAAGCGCCUAUUAUCAGACGACCUCUUCCCCCAUCCGCUUCACGAUCUACCAAUGAAGUGGUGCGACGAUCUGGGGAGGUGCAAGAGAUUUCGGCCCCUCUACCUGACACCGAGGCACAGCAAGCCGCAACCCCCGCGUCGUCAAGUAUGCCGGCGCGAGCAUCUCAACCGUCGCCGAACCGGACAAGCCUGGGGCGGCCGAUAUCGCCAAUGGCCAGUCCGUCGUCGACGGAUAACGAGUUGAUGGGCCUCUACCACCAAGCAGAUGGGCGCACUCCACAAUCAGAGUCGUCCAGUGCAUUGCCAUCGCACGACGAAGCAAUGGGCUUAUACCACCAAGCCGAUGGCCGACCUCCAGCGUCGGAGACCGACUCCUCCAACCUACUACCUUCACACGAAGAAACAAUGGGUCUAUUCCAUCAGGCGGAUGGCAGGCCGCCGGGAUCGAGCAACCGUGCUGUGCCGCCGGGAAAUCCAGAUUUCGCCCUCUUUCAGCCGUCCGCCACCAGACCAGAAACAAUAUCUGCGCCUCCGUCACACGAUGAGGCCAUGGGCCUGUACCAUCAGGCAGACGGCAGGAUGCCUCAGUCAGAAGUGCUGCCUCCAGAAAACGAGAAGAAGAAGAAAUAA